GAGUCGGGUCUAAAUCUUCCCCCAGCGCGUCCGGCUGUUGAGCUGCGCCUUUGGAGCUAGGAAGUUUCACCGGGUUGCCCUUUACCGACCAUGAAAAACGCGAUCUUUCUGCCCUUAUCAGACCCUGCCUGCAUCCUUAUGCUGAUAGCAACGUGGGCUUGCACUCCUUCAAGAAGUGAAAUAAUAAAUCUGGAGAGUGGGAAUAUAGAUGACAUUUUAAGUAAUGCAGAUGUUGCUUUAGUGAAUUUUUAUGCCGACUGGUGUAGAUUUAGCCAAAUGUUGCACCCUAUAUUUACGGAAGCUUCUAAUAUAAUUAAAGAAGAGUAUCCAGAUAAAGAUAAAGUGGUUUUUGCCAGAGUUGACUGUGAUCAAUAUUCGGACAUAGCUCAAAGAUACAGGAUAAGCAAGUAUCCUACUUUAAAACUGUUCAGGAAUGGAAUGAUGAUGAAAAGAGAAUAUAGAGGGCAGCGUUCGGUUACAGCAAUAGUGGAUUACAUGAGACAACAAAAAAGUGAUCCCAUUCGGGAAAUUCAAAACCUAGAAGAAUUAAAAACUGUUGAUCGCAGUAAAAGAAACAUUAUUGGGUUUUUUGAAAGCAAGGAUUCGGACAACUACAGGACAUUUGGAAAAGUGGCAAAUAUUUUGCAUGAUGAUUGUGUUUUUCUUGCUGCCAUUGGUGAUGUUUCAAAACCAGAAAGAUUUAGUGGCGAUAAUGUAAUCUACCGACCCCCUGGGGAAAGUGCUCCAGAUAUGGUGUAUUUGGGAUCCUUAACCAAUUUUGAUUUGUCCUAUGCAUGGACACAAGAUAAAUGUGUCCCUCUUGUUCGAGAAAUAACAUUUGAAAAUGGAGAGGAAUUGACAGAAGAAGGACUCCCAUUCCUUAUACUUUUCCAUAUGAAAGAUGAUACAGAGAGCUUAGAGAAAUUCCAACAAGAGGUGGCUCGACAGUUAAUUAGUGAAAAAGGGACGAUAAAUUUUCUACAUGCAGACUGUGAUAAAUUUAGACAUCCACUUUUGCACAUACAGAAGACCCCUGCAGACUGUCCUGUAAUAGCUAUUGAUAGCUUUAGGCAUAUGUAUGUCUUUUCAGAUUUUAACGAUUUGUCGAUUCCUGGUAAACUGAAACAAUUUGUGUCAGAUCUACAUUCUGGAAAAUUGCAUAGAGAAUUUCACCAUGGUCCUGACCCAACUGAUGUAGCUCCUGGUCAGGAAACACAAGAUUUAGCAAGCAGUCCUCCAGAGAGUUCCUUCCAGAAACUAGCUCCAAGUGAAUAUAGGUACACCAUACUUAAAAGGGAUCGUGAUGAGCUUUAAACUAUUACACUCUGGUGUGAGACUUAAACAUCAGCACAGAAAUCAGUUCCUGUAUGGUUAAAAAGUUAACCUAUAUUUUCAUAAUUGCCUUUUUUAUUUCGGAUAAACAAAGUAAUAAAUGGUUUAUUUUUAUUUGCACCCAUGUUUGUAAAUAUGUUGUGUUUGGUGUUUUUUUUUCUGUACAGACUUUUAAACAGUAAGAAAAUGCAAAUCCCUGAAACAACUGUUUUAAAACUAUCCAAAUGUGACAUAGUUGUUAACUUGCACUCAUUAAAUUGGAUUAUUUUGA